AAAAACUAACAUAAUACACCUCCUAAGACAACCUUUUAGAAAACAAAACUCCCUAUAAUCAUCCUCUCAACUUUCUCCUCUACUCAGUGCAUACAUAAACUCCGUUAGAAGACUAGCCAAUAGCCAUGGAUCCCGACCUUUACGACAGCGACGACGUCCAGGACUACUACGAUGAUGACGAUGAUGAUGAUGAUCAUGAAUAUGAAGAAGACGACGAUUAUGAUGAUGUUGUUUGUCACUCUACUUCCAACUCAAAGAAUGUCUAUACAGUCUUGAAGGAGGCUGACAUACGGAAACGCCAAGAAGAAGAUAUCUUACAUGUUUCUGGUACUUUAUCUGUACCAGAAGUUACAGCUAGCAAACUACUUUACCAUUAUAAGUGGAACGUUUCUCAGCUCCAUGACGAGUGGUUUGCUGAUGAAGGAGAAGUUCGGGACAGAGUCGGAUUACCGAGCUUUCGUGUAGAGUUAUCAGCCACCAAUGAAGGGGCUACUUGUGGAAUCUGUUUUGAUAUACUUCCCCUUGCAGAUUUCUAUCCAAUGAUUUGUGGUCAUCUAUACUGUAAAACAUGUUGGAAAGGCUACAUGAAGACAGCAAUUCAAGAUGGGCCUGGAUGUUUGUCGUUAAGGUGUCCGAAACCUUCUUGUCGUGUGGCUGUUUGUUGCGACAUGAUCGAAGAGCUGGCAACGGAGGAAGAGAGGAAGAAAUAUUCGUAUUUUUUUAUGAGGUCGUAUGUGGAGGAGAGCAAGAAGAUGAAGUGGUGUCCUGCACCCGGGUGUGAGAAUGCAGUGGAACUAGAAGUGGGAGACGAGAUCUUUGAUGUUACUUGUCUUUGUUCAGCUACCUUUUGUUGGAAUUGUGGAGAGGAUGCUCAUCGUCCUGUAGAUUGCGAAACUGUGUCCAAGUGGGUGUUGAAAAACAGCAGCGAGUCUGAGAACACAGAAUGGAUCCUUGCUAACUCAAAGAUUUGUCCCAAGUGCAAGCGCAACAUUGAGAAGAACCAUGGGUGUAUGCAUAUGAAGUGCACUGCGCCCUGCAAGUUCGAGUUCUGCUGGCUUUGUCUCGGGGACUGGAAGGAACAUGAUCAGAAAACCGGGGGUUUCUAUGCUUGCAACAGAUAUGAGUCCGAGAAAGCCAAAGGAGUAUAUGAUGAAGAAGAAAAGAUCAGAGAAAGGGCAAAGAACUCUUUAAGCAAAUAUACACACUAUUAUGAAAGGUGGGCAUCCAAUCAGAAAUCAAGGAGAAAAGCCAUUGAAGUUUUGCAUGAAGUUCAAACUGUUACACUAGGGAAGCUUAGCAACAAGACUAAGGAAACAGAGACACAGCUAAAUUUCAUCACAGAUGCUUGGAGACAGAUAAUAGAAUGUCGACGAGUAUUACAAUGGACAUAUGCCUACGGUCAUUAUCUACCUGAGGACGAACAUGUCAAGAAACAACUUUUCGAGUACACGCAAGGAGAGGCUGAGGCUGGUCUUGAAAGACUGCAUAAAUGCGCAGAAAAGGAACUUGAUGUUUUUCUUGAAGGUGAUGCUGAUGAAUGGGUAGACGAAGAAGAGUUCAAUAAAUACCAUCAGAAGCUAGUUAAUUUAACUGCUGUGACUCAAUCUUACUUUACUAAUUUGGUUACGUCGAUGGAAACUGAGAAACUGUAG